AUGGUCGCCACCCAGCUUGUGGUCAACCCUGAGGCGGCCUCUCUCGCUGGUGGAGCCGUCUCCACCCCUGCGAUCCGAGCAACGACCGCUGUCGCCGGCGAGAGGUCUUCGGCUACCCCCCGCCCGGCGUCGCCGGUCCCCCCGGCCUCGCUUUCCACGGCUUCGGUAGCAACUGCGACUUCAGCUGCCGCCGCUGCUUCGGCGGCCCCCACUGCUUCGGCGGCCUCCGCUGUUUCGGCAGCCCCCGCUGUUUCGGCAGCCCCAGCGGCUUCGGCGGCGCUCGCGGCUUUGGCGGCACGCGCGGCCUCGGCGGCACCCCCGACCUCGUCGGCACCUCCGCAGCGCCCCCGUUGGGUUUGUCCAAUCCUGUGGGACUGCAAGACCGACGACCAGCGGCUGCUGGCCCUCUCCCCCCGGGUUCGCCGGGAAGCGGGCGAGGCGGUCGACCUCGACCGCGAAGCGGCUCUUCGGGACCGCAACGCUCGGCUCGAUGCCGAGUUCAUCAAAGAGACUGCUGAACGCCAGGCCAAAAUCGCGGUGUGCCGUGCGCGCGGCGCCACCAACACCGAUACCAUCUUGGCCUACGCCCAGCGGAAACAAGCGCAGGAACGGGAAGAGGCCCUGCUGGCCUCCCAGCUCGCCGACGACCGCCGCCAGGAGGACGCGUUGGUCGCCGAGCAGGCCCGAGCUGAUCGACAGCGCGAACACGAUCUUCGAGUUCGGGCGGGGCGCUCCGUGCCGGGACCGGCCCCUACUGCCGCUCCUGCUCCGUCGGCAUCGGUGGCUCGGACGUACGCCGUUGCCGCCUCCAGCCCUGUGACUCGGUCUUCCGCACGGUCGCGCUCCGUCACCUUUGAGGCCGGGGACGCUAGAUUCACCCAGGUCAGGUUGUCCGACGUUGCCAGGUACGCCCAGGUCAACUAUCAGGUAGACGACCGCAAGGCCGUCAUGGAUCGAGCGACUGGCGUGCCCACGGCCCUGUCGUCGGCUUGCUCCAUCCAGGACGCCGCCGACGUGGCAAACGGGUCUCGGCCCGACCUCCAAGACUUGGUGAGCUGCCUCCUCGUGGCGAUGCGGGCGGCCAUCAUGAACGCAACGUUUCCGGUGGUGUGGCCCGGCUGCACAGUGGCUUCUCCGGCAUCUUCGGCGUUCCAGCAGCCCCAAGGCCGGCCGCGUCAAGGCCAAGCCGGCCCAGCGCACCGUGCGAGAGAGUAGCUCGGGCGAGGACUCGGGCUGGAGUUCUGCGGGAGCGUCUCGC